AUGACUCCAUGCAUUGCAGCCAUCUAUCGCCAUUGCAGGGCCCUUGGCUCGCAGGCAGAUUUUCAGCUCCGUCCUCCAUCUCGCUUGCCCAUCAUGCCUUUGCAGUCGGAUGUGCGAGAGCGGCUGCAGGCUUUCCUUCGAGAAGCCUCGGAUGGCGACGGCCUUGUCCGAAUCGUGGAGAACUGCUUGAACUACUUGAAGUCCAAGCAUCUCUUGACCUCCAUGAAGUUGGAGGCGAGCCUUGUGGGGAUCCAUACCUGCAACCGGGAUGGGUACGGAGUGAAUCCACAAGACGUUCGUGAUCUUGUGGACUCGAUUGUCGAUGUGGGCUAUGUCCCUACACGUGUGCAUGCGGUCGGUGUCGAAGUCGAAGGAGACUGGGUCCGGCAGUGGAACAAGAAGCUGUUCGAGUCAGCCCACGGUCUUCUCGGAAGCCUUGAGCCGGAAGCGAUCAAGAUCACUUCGAUCUGCGGAUCACAUACCAAUUGCGCUUUGCGACUUUUUCAACAAGGUGCAAGCCACGGCAACGAGGUCGUGAGUGUGGGUGGAAAGCUCAGCAUGGAGCUUCUUCGUGCUCGGGAUGCUUCGUUCCACGAAGCAGCUGAUCAAGGCCUGACGUGGGACGUGAUCUCCUCCUCCGUGGCGGAAGAGUUCCCAGAGCUGAUCAGCUUGAUAUCCCGGUCAGGCAACACAUCGCUUCAACGAGGAGAACAUGAGCUACAAGUACUCCGUCGCAUCCAUUCCACGUACUACCGCUUGCAGACUCAGACUGGCCAAGCACCGGCUUUUGCAUCUCUGAAGACGUUGAUAUUGGCCAGCAAACCAAGCUGCCAUGCCUCCGUACCCCACAUGUUUACGUUUUGUCUGAAGGCUUCCGGGGGUGCCGAUGCGAGCUUCCUUCAGGAGACGGAGUCCUUUGCGCGGGCUUACUGCCCUUCUUCUCGGCAAUUGGGGCCUGUCCUGUGGGAGGCUUUCGGGCAAGAUUGCCGAGGGCACCAGUCAGAUCCCGUUGCAGCAUUUCGCCAUGCACUCAUGAAGCAGGCAUACUUGAGGCAGAAUGUGACCAUUGCUGAUGUGAAGAAGAUGACUUCUAAAGAACUCUUCCCCAAGGUCAAGGAAGCUGACAACAUGAUCCUCACGGUCAGGGGCAUCUUAAGGGAUGGAGCUCGCGAUUUCAUGACGGAUUCGCGGGUCGUGCAAGCUCUGGCCACUAUGGAUAUGACGAUAGCAUCGCACGUCCUCGGCAUCAAGGUGCCGGACGAGAAAAAGUACAAAACAGUCCAAGCGAUUGGGCACGAUUUUUUGCUCGUGGCAAGAAACCUGAUCGGUGUUGCACUCCCUUUGCCAUGGGAGUCGGUGUCUGAGCAAAGUGAACCAGCUGCAACUGCAGCGACUGCUUCCCAGCCUUCUGCUGCAGGUGUGAUGCUUGAGCUUGCUGAAGACGGCAGUAUCAAGGAACCUGAGAAGAUAUUGGCCUCCAAGGGUUUCGCUAUGGGUGCACACAUCCGUCGCAAGGUUGACAAAAUCGAGGGAGUUCUUUCAGAAGUGAAAGGUCAGAUGGUCUUUGUGAAGAUGGCUUCGGGAAAGACGGCCAAGGUGGAUCUCAAUGUUAUCCUGGCUGGAGAUUGGGUCGUGUUUGUUCCUCGUGUGCAGCCCACAAUGCUAGACAGCUUGGACCAGUACCAGCACCAUGUGGAUUUUGAUGCCAGCAUUCUUGCAUCGAAGAUUCAGCUUGAGCUCUACAAGCUUCACCAGUCCAUGGAGUGUGGAUCGGAGCACCUGAAAUUGCAGCUGAAGCCUUCGAGGAUGUUGCUUGCCAACUCGGACAUCAAGAAACUCUGCAUGGUGCCCAUGACCAACAAGGUCGUGCAGAAAUCCCAGGGCCAAGGCAACACCAUGUUUGAGGUGCAGACGGACUGGCAAGGAGACGACCGCAAGUUUUGGCUUUCCGGAGCCAACAUUCUACCCAAAGAUAACGACGACGACACUUGCAAACAUGUGGUAGUUCCCUUUUGGUUGGUGCAGCACAGCCAUCAGGAAGAGGAUUGCAAUGUGAAGCUUGUUUGGAUUGCGGGAACAGAGAAGAGCAUCAAGAUUCCGGUUUUUAAGAACACCAAGAAGAUCCCGGAAGGCAGCCCCAUUGUGGCUUUCAGAUCUAAAACGGUGCAGGUGGCUCCCUUGGAGGAAGUGGAGGACGACCACAAGACUUCGGCGCAGAAAAGAGCAUCGGCGAGCUCAGGAUCCCUCAGGUGUGCGAGCUUGUGCUUUGCGGAUGGAAAUGCAGUGCAGGGCAUGUGUGCUCGCCGGCAGAAAACAGCUCCAGCCUCGCAUCAAACCAUUUCCCCCGUGCAUCGCAUCAUCAUGGCUUGCUUCGAGAUUGUGACGAAACAGGUUGUCGUGCUGGGUGACCGAAGCUGGAUGCCAACCCAAAAGAGUGUCGACGACCGGGUCUUCUGUGCUGUCUCGAAAUGGUCCCCGCAGCUUGUGAAAAUGAUCACAGGCAAACGACUGGACUUGCGGUCCGGCCAAGGGCAAUCAUCGGGGUCGCUGAACAUAAAGCUCUUUGACGAUUUGAUCGAGAAGAGGCAGGCUGCUUGCGACAAGCUGCUGGAAGAGGCCCUGAGGGACGAUGAAGCCGACGACGAGCCCAAGAAGAAGAAAAGCAAGAAGGAUAAGGUGAAGGCUUUGGCCAAGCACGUGCACCUGUUGCCGGCGAUCGUCGACAUUACGAUCGAUGGCUUUCAGCUGUCGAUCCUCAGCGAGGGCCUGUCUACCGGGAGCAUCUUCGUGGAGAUGCUCUCCGAAAAUUUCAAUUGGCUCAUGGAGCAGGCGAAUCGACAAAUGCCUGUCGAUCGGAAGAAAAGAAGGCACAGCUCCCGGGACAAGACCGAUGCCAGCGAGGAUUCCGACAAGGAGGCCAAGAAGGUUCCAGCGGCGAAAGCCAAGGGCAAGGCCAAGGCAAAAGCUAAGAGCCCGGCCCUGAAGAGCAUCCUGAAUGGCUCCCCGGCCAAGAACCCGGCCCCGAAGGGCAUCGUUGGCUCCCCGGCCAAGGCCAAGAAGUUGGGUGCCACGUCUGCGCCAUGCUUGCUUUUUCAGCUCUUUUGGCUUGUGAAGCUGCCGUGGUUUUUGGGAGUGAUGAUGUCCUUUAGCUUCUUGUCGCGAAGCCUUCCCUCCGCUGUGGAGGCCGAUGUGGUGGAGCGGCUGCAGCUCCACACGGACUUCUCGAAGUCCGGGAGGGGGAAAUACAAGAAUGAUGAAGGCACCACGAUUUCCUGGUCGGCCAAGAUGGGGUGGAAGAUCCUGUCUGUUGGUGACAUGUACUUCAAGCACCCAGACGUGCAGGCCAUGAACGUGCCUGCCAGCCCUGGCGGGUGGCUCUACUGGAACGACGAUGUGGGAGAUUUUAAAGCUUCUGUGAUAUGCCUGGAAGGCCACGAGGAGUCGGACACCGUGGAGGUGGACGUCGAGGAUCCAGCGGCCGAGCCCAGCAUGCCCGACAUGUCAUUGCAACUGCUUUUGCAUGAGCCGCCUCCGAAGAGGUACAUGGACCCCGUGCCAAAGACCAAGGCUUUGCCCUCGAACUGGGACGAAGGAGAUCUGAUGCCGGACACGAAGGGCAAAGGGCACUACGUGUCGCUUUCAUCGACGAGCACGGCCAGGCUUGCCUUGGUCUUUGUGAUGGUGCUUCAGGUUUGCCUCUGCUUGCUGCUGGCCCCGUUGCAGGAGUGGGCGGCGGGCAUGGGGAGAAAGAGGGCCCGGACACGUGGUGGCCAAGGUGUCCGGGCACUCCAGGCCCAAGGGGCCUUGGAGGAGUCCCGAAGCCACAUGGAGGACCCUUGCUGCUUGCCAAUCCACGAGAACAGCAAAGCUGAAGACACCGCGAGCCCCGACAUGCAGGACUUGCGGGCCUCCCUCCACACCAUGGGGGUCAUGGCCGAGACGAUGAACCUGCAAGAAAAGCGAUCCCAUGGUUCCUGCCUGGCACCCCUGGUUUGUGGCCUGGAGACCAGGGGAGUGUUCGCAAGCAGGGCUACAGCAGCUCGCUUUGUGCAGAGCAUCUGUGCUAUAUCCGGCCGUGCAAUGGCAGCUGCUUUCCUUCGACAGCUGAACCAGCUCCUCCAGACCCAGCAGCCCAUCAUGGGAGAUCAAUGGACUUCUCUCUUGGCUGCUCAGAGCGAGGUCGCCAUCAGAACGAUUCGUCAAAGCCACAUCACAGUCGAGGAGGGUGCAGAGAUCUGCAGCUUGGUGCAGCAGGGCCUUUGGUCACACGAGCAGAAGCAGGCCCUGGGUGCAGCCGUCUCCCAGACCUUGGCAGGCAGCACUCCAGCAAAUGCCAAGGCCAAGAAGAAGAACCAGGAAAUUCUCAACUUCUGGGGUUUCUUGGGCGCCGAGGACCGGAGAGUUUUGUCCAGCGACGACACCCUCGUCAUGAGGCUGACUCACACUGCUCAGAUAAUGGCUCGACUGGAGAUGUUCUGGCCAUCAGAACAGUCUGUGGGACACAUCAUCAAGACCCUGCAGAGUUGCAACAAUACUGGCUUGCAGAGCCCCGACGAGUUCCAUUCGGCUGUCGUGUGCCUCAAGAAGAAGGUGAAGACCAUGCUCAAAGAUGCUUCCUGUGGCGAGUUCGUCGCCAAGUACACUCGGCCUGAGGAUCUUCCACCACACACCCGAGAUCGCUUCGCAGAUGCCUUGGGAGGUGAGCUGCCUGGAACAAUGGUGCUGGCCCGUGAUGCUCUUCGUGGCAGUAACAAAAGCCUCUCUUUCCACAAGAGCAACACUGCCAUGGUGCUGGGUGGUCCAGCAGCAGGCCCGGCAAUGCACAUGCCCCACACCAUGCAGGGUAUGAUGCAGUUCUGGGGCAGCAUGGCAGCUAACAUGUUCAACCAGCAGCAGCAAUUGGCGAAGAAGAACGAUGGAUUGCCUGGGUUGAAAAUCUUCGGCGACCCAGCUGCUGCCGCCUCGUCUGGGACGAUGGCCUCCUCGCCUGCUCAACAGCAGGCCUUGCAGCUUCCUACAGUUACCAAUGAACCGGCACAGGGCAGCGGAACAAAGCAGGCCGAGCAACAGGGAGUGCUGGCCAGCAAGGAUCCUGUCAGUGCUGCACAACAUGCAGAUGAAAUGCUUCAAGCUUGGAAGGGCGACAACAAAGGGUUCGACAGCACCGUCGAGGCCGAGGCCAAGGAAAACGAGGCGAAGCACAAGGCAAAUAAGAAGCCCAAGGCUGCAGCCAAGGCCAAGGGUAAAGCCAAGGCCAAGGCUAAGGCGAAGGCCAAGUGCACGGCCAUGAAGUCCCAGCCCAAAGCAAAGUCGCAGCCCAAGGCGAAGGCCAAGGCUGCUUGCAAGGCGAAGGCGAAGUCGCAGCCGAAGAAGGUCCAGAAGGCUUUGAAGAAGUUCACUCGAGAAGAGGUCCGAUGCAUGACUUUGUCGGCUCGCAUCAAGCUGCGACCCAAUGGGUGUGGCAAGUGCCGGAACAGGGCCAAGAGCUCGCCAGCAGACCCCAUGGCUUCCGCCGGGAGCUCCUCGCUCUCCUGCUUGGGAAGGAAAUCAUAUGUAUCCCAGCGAGGUCUCAGUCAGGUCUUGCAGGAACUCAAAGAGCUGCCCGAGUUGCCAUCUGGGACGAGUCGCCGAACACUGAAGCGGGCCCGGGAUGAGAAGACUCGGAGCUACCAAACUGCUUAUGGCGAGAUCCUAUGCGACUUCAAGUGUGUUGCCGAAACUGGUGUGGAGUUUGAAUUUCCUGUCUUGAACCCAGCUGCAAUGCUUGCCUGGGCGACAGAGCGAUGUCGACCAUUUGGCGAGUUCCUGGAGAGGGCCAUGGAUGCCACACCCCCCAGCAUUCUUCAACCAUGGGGAUUGGUGUGGUAUUCCGACGAGCUGGCUCCGGGCAACCAACUCAAGCACUCCAACCGGAGAAAGGUCCAGGCCGUAUAUUGGAGCCUGCUCCCUUUGGGACAGCAUGCAAUGGGUUGCGAAAAUUGCUGGUUCACUCUCUGUGCCAUUCGCAGCUCUCUGGUCGCAGAUCUCGGCGGCAUGACUGUGCUCUUCAGGCAGCUAGCAGCCUUGUUCUUUGAGAGACCUGACUUCAGAAAAGGUCUUGUGUUGCAGUGCCCUGGACAAGCACGUAUGCUCUUUGCCGACUUGAAGAUCAUCAUAUCCGACGAAGCUGCAAUUAAGGCUACCCUUUUCAAUAAAGGAGCCAGUGGGCUCAUAUUCUGUGUUCAAUGCCAAAACGCCGUGGACCACAAAAGCAGCAUUGCUGAAAGGAGUCGGGGCAAUAUGGUGUCCGGCCUGGAAACCGACAUGAGUUGCUUUCGGAUGCACACACCCGAGUCUAUACGAGACACCAUGGACUUCUUGCGAAGGCAAGAGAGGGUCCUCAACAAAGACAGAUUCCUGCAACUCCAAACAGCAAUGGGGUUCAAUUUCAAAGAGGAUGGAUUGCUGGCACAUGCAGCAUACGGGCCUCCGGUCAUCGAGUGUGUGAUGUUCGAUUACUUCCAUGUCUAUUUAGUCAAUGGCAUCUUCAAUGUUCUGACAGGGUUUUUUCUUGGAGAGCUUCACAACCAUGGCUGGAAGCACAAUGACAUUGAUCGCUUCGCAAAUGGUUUUACCUGGCCUUCUCGUUUGCGAGGUGCUGCUGCAAAGGAUAUCUUGCAGAAGCGAAAGCCAAGCGAAACCUUGAAGUGUGGAGCCAGCGAGGCUCUGAACUUUAUGCAGCUGCUGCGACUCUAUGUGCUAGUCUUUGUGCUGCCAAAUUGCAGCAGAGAUAUCCGGGACUCUUGCGAGGUUUGGUUGGCUUUGUGCAAGGUGAUUGAUGCUUUGCAAGCGAUCAAUGCCAAACCUUCAGCAUUUACCCCCCUGCAGUUGCAGCAGCUCAUCAAAAGGCAUCUCGAUCUGGCGAAAAGUCGGUAUGGAGAUGAGUGGUGGGUGCCAAAGUGUCACUUGGCAGGCCAUUUGGCGCUGCAACUGGCCAAGCAUCAGGUCCUCCUCAGAGCAUCCUACAAGAUGUACUCCAUGGUCACAUGGAAAGUCUGGCAGAGGGUGUAUACCUCCCAGGCCAAGGAGUUCGCUUGGUCGCAGGCAGUGCAUGGAGGAAACUUCACCGUGGCUGUCGGCGACUUGGCCUUGAUGGAUCUGGAUGGGGCCACCGCCAGGGGUCUGCUGGCAUCCCAAGCCGGCAGCACCAAAAACGUCUCGGCGAGCUCUGCGGCUGCCGGGUCGGCCCAAGAGGAGCCAGGUCUGGACCCUUUGGCAGUGGCAAUUACCGUGGGGUCGCCUUUCAAGAAGAAGAAAUUCCCUUCCUGGAGGCUGCAAGUGAGCGCCUCAAGCCAAGGGGACGCACCGCCUCUGGCCAAGGCAGAUGGCUCGGCAAGAUGGGAGGCGAUGGCCACCCUCUCAUCGGCGGGCGAGGCGGCGGCUUCCGUGGAGCGCGCCGGGCGGCUCUUCGAGGGCUGGGUACGCCGCCGCCAGCAGCUCGCCGAGGUUCUUCCAGAGCUGUCGGUGAAGAUGGAGCACUGCCGAAACCGGGCAAAGGAUUUCGCGGACUCGGCCGCUGAGAACGCACUUCGCGCACUGAAGGCGCGCGUGGACGAGGAGGCCGAAGCAGAGGAGGAAGCCGAGCAAGAGGAGGAGAUGGCUGAGGGCCAGGCAAAUUUCGAAGCGAUAGGCGAGGCGCAGUCUGAUUUCAAUCAGUGGGCCCAGGAGGAAGAUGCGCAUCAGCAUCAGAACCCGAGCUACCUUGACCAGGCCGCCUUCCUCUCCCGCAAGCCCGGUCAGGCAACGCGCCAGGAGGCCGCAGCUUCGCCAGCGUCGGCCUUCCAGGCCUUCCCACCAGGACAGAAUCCUCAACAGCUUGCGCAAGCCAUGGGCCAAAUCUGGGGCAAAGGCGGAGGAGCAGGCCCCGAGACGCUCCACGGGCCGCCGAUGACCCCGGAGGCGGAGAAAAUCCAGGAAGCCGAGGAGCCCAACCCCAGUCAGCAGGAGGCCCUCGAAGCUCAAGAGGAAGAGGAGGAAGUCCUGCAGGCAGAGGACGUGGAAAACUUCGGGGACUUCUUCCGCGAAUGCGGAGAGUUUCGCAUUCCUGCCACUGUCCUCGCCGCACGUCGUGCCGCCAACGAAGCCUACUGGGCCUUCGAUCGUGCCAUGCAAGACGCGGAGAAGAAGGUUGGACUCGCCAUCCAGCACUCCGUGUUGCACGGCGCGUAG